UUGAACGCAUAUAGCCAACUGUUUAGUACGCUAUUUUGUCACAAGACCAAUAAUAUAAAACAACUCUAUAUAUACUUUACCUACUUCAAUUCAAUUGCAUGGAAUUUUUUUAAUGUAAUUUCUGUUGUGAAGUAUUUCGGUACUGUUCUUAGUUGUAUACAUCUCCAGUUUCCAUCCAUCUUAGUUUUAUAAAAAUCCAAAUAUAUAAUAAAACGUCGGUUUUUUUUAAUUACAUGAAGAGUGGUAAUAGUGAAUGAAUAGAUACUAGAGCAACAGGGAUAUAUCCACAUAUGGAUGUAAAAUUAAAGACUAAGGUGUUCUGCCUCCGUCCUCUGUAAUUUCACUACCCUUUAAACUGGAACACAAUCAUGCAAGGACAGCUGAUUCAUAUCAGAAACAAGUGGAACAGAGAUCAUAAUAAAACAAUGUAAAAACAUCAAAGAUGUUGGAAGGAACAAAAAUUAACAGUCCGUCUCAAAUGGCAAGCGUAUUUGACAUCGCCAAAGACACAGUGCUAUUCCUUUUGCUAUCAUGUUAUUACAUAUUGGAGUCACUUUUCUGGACUUUAGUGCCUAAUGCUCUAAGACCUAUGAAGAGUCUUAAAGGUGAUGUGGUUUUGGUGACGGGCGGAGGCGGUGGAGUGGGGAGACAGCUGGCAAUCAAACUAGCCAGACUCGGAGCCAAGGUUGUUGUAUGGGAUAUUAACAUUGAAGGAUUGAAGAAAACCUGUGAAGAGGUUAUUAAUGAAGGCCACGAAAUAGCCAGCUAUGUGGUAGAUCUCGCUGAUCGCAAUGCAGUCUACAUGGCUGCAGAAAAAGUUAAGAAAGAGGUGGGGAAAGUGGACGUACUUAUUAACAAUGCCGGUACAGUGUUUGGAGACACUCUAUUGGAACUCGCCGACUCUGCAAUAGAAACUACAUACAAAGUCAACAUCCUCUCACAUUACUGGACGGUGAGAGCGUUCCUUCCCGACAUGAUAGAGACCGGCAAGGGGCACAUAGUAACGGUGGGCUCUGUAGCAGGACUACUAGGCACUUACCGUUGUACAGACUACAGCGCUACUAAAUUCGCCACCGUCGGCUUCCACGAAAGCCUCUUCACUGAGCUUCGAGCUCAUGGACACAACAGUAUUCAAGCGACCCUCGUGUGCCCAUACUACAUUAACACGGGGAUGUUCCAUGGAGUCACACCACGCCUUAUGCCUAUGUUGGAACCAAAUUACGUCGCAGAAACUAUGAUUGAUUCCAUCAGGAAAAACGAGGUCAAUUGCAUCAUGCCUGGAUCCGUCAGAUACUUACUUCCGCUCAAAUGCCUACUCCCCGCAAAAAUGUGCUGGGACUUGAUGCACCGAGUGAUGAAAGGACCACAAUCUAUGAUGGAGUUCAAAGGAAAACCUAAAACUGCCGUUAAUUAAGGCUAUUAUUAAUAAAAUACACAUAUUACUAUUAAAAUAGAAUCAUUAGAUAUCUACACAACAUAGUAAUUUACUAUCAUAUAUAAUAUUAAUCAUUGUGCAGCAAUGCAUAACGUCUUCCAUCGUACGUAAAAAAAAGGAGGAGGUGGGUUAGCGAAUACGUCUUGAUAAUAUCUAGAAAUAUAUUAGGUAAUCAAAAA